AUGGAUAGUUCAACAGAGCAGUGGAUGGGGCUAUUCCAUCUCUUUAUUGACACCGCAGCGUUGGAUAACCCAGACCAAGACAAGUCUCUUAUGUAUGGGCUUGCGGACACCCAAGAGCUGAGCAACACGGUAUCGAGGAUUUUAGGCCUGAUGAAGGACAUGUUCGAAUCGCGGUUCAGCAAUAAAGGGCAUCAUACUAUGGAAGGGGCUGAAAGCUUUUUCUCACCAACUAAUAUCACUCUUUUUGUCAGCGCCUUCUUUGAACACUCAUACAAAGCAUCUUUCAACGCUCAUACCAUCUCAACCCAGUUACUAUUAGCUAUCACUUUGAUGGGCGCGACAUGUGUAUCGCCGCAGGAUGCUUCUAGCGCGGAAGGGUACUCCGACGUAGCUGAGUAUCUGAUCUUCGAUGGGCCUGAAUUCGGGAAGGUUUUUAAUAUAGACAACCCGUCGCUCGCCAGAGAAAAUAUGGAAAUUCUCCAGGCUGCAAUGGUGAUAAGUGUCAUCCAGUGGUCGAAGGGCGAUGUAACCAUCAAAAGGCGGAUUCGAACGCAGCGGUUCCCAGCUCUAGUUUGCGCUGCACGAGCGCUGAGACUGACGCAGGUGACCAAUCAGGCUGUCAGCGACACAGAGUCUCUUGAUUUAGACAGGUACUUCUAUAGGGAGAGUCUUGUGAGGGCCAUGGCGUGGCUUUACCUCAUGGACUCGCACUUGACCGUCUACUAUCGGAACCCGCCCCAGUUUAAGAUUGCCGAGGCUUGCUUUGGCUUACCACAACAUGAGGAGCUUUACGAUACAAUGGAACCUUCCGCCUUGGUAAAUGCGUCGCAAAAUGCGACCAAUGCCGGACUAACCCUGACUUUGAAGUCCGUUAUUCAGCGCUUGAUGGAGAAGGACAGUGAACGAUUUGAGGAACUAAUCACACAGCCAUUUACACUAUUUGGUCUUUUUUUAGUUAUAGCGAGCCUUCACUGUAUAUUGUUCGACUUCCAAGCACUGGACACCUGUGUCGCUCUAUCAGGACCCUUUGGCUCCCUUGAUACUGCCUUGGAUAGAUGGAAGAAAAUGUGGGAUUUAACAUAUACGACCAUCAUGCCUAGUGAUAUCAGAAAGUCUGGGUACAUGGUGCAUGCUCUCGAGCUCUGGUGGCUUGCAAAGAAGCUUACUCAGAAACCAACCGGGAUAUAUCUAGAAAGCGGGUUUGCGCUGGACUCCACCGCCACCUUUCACGAGAUGGUUCGAGAAUUAAAGGGCUUUCAGCCAGUACAAUGA